CAAUCAGAGCCGGACAGCGUCUCAGUGCCCUCAGCAGUGAUAGGACAGUAAAGUGUGACGUCUCUGUGACAGAAACAGUCUUUUAUCUGAGGUAAUAUUAGUGCUGCUGAAUAUUGUGUUAAAGUAUCUACAGAAACACUGUUAGCAGGUGGCUGAGUCAUGGCUGGACCUGUGAGUUUGGAGCUGGACCCUGUGUUCCUGAAGGGUUUGGGUUACCUGCACUCCAAGAGUAAAGACUCUGUGGAGAAGCUGAAAGCUCUGCUGGAUGAGUCUCUGUCCAGAGGAAGUGACUCAGUGUAUCGUUCCUCACUGAAGGAAGCUGAACUUUCCAAAGUGUCAGUACCCAAACUCAUCAAACAGGACAAAUCAGCAUCCAACUCAUCUUCAUCAUCUUCUUCAUCGUCGUCGUCUUCGUCAUCGUCGUUGUCCGGCAGCAAAUCCAGCGGCUCGGAGAAAAGCAAGAAGGACGGAGAGAAAAGACCAGCUGAGAAGCUGCAGACGAGGUCAGAGAGCGGAGAUGCAGGUGAUCCACCUAAAAAGCCACGUCUGGAUAAAGCAGAAAAUCGUUCAUCCCCCAUCGCCUUCCAGACUAAAGACAUUCCCUUAGGAGACUUUGGCUACAGCGACGAGACCAACGCUGACGACUUUGCCAUGGAGAUGGGAUUAGUGUGUGUUGUGUGCAGACAGAUGACGGUGACCUCAGGGAAUCAGCUGGUGGAGUGUCAGGAGUGCCACAACCUGUACCAUCAGGAGUGUCACAAACCGCAGGUGACUGAUAAGGACGUAAAUGACCCGCGGUUGGUGUGGUACUGCGCACGCUGCACACGCCAGAUGAAGCGCAUGGCUCAAAAAACACAAAAGCCUCCUCAGAAAGCGAGUCCAACUAUCACGGCGGUCACACCGGUGGUUAAAGACCCGCUGGUGAAGAAGGCAGAGCUGAAACCCAAACCAGACACCACAGGAUCCUUUCAGGCCUUUAAGAGGACAGAAGUCAAGGCAGCCACUGCGGCAUUGGUGAACACAUCGAGUAGUGCGUCGUCUCUCCCCUCGGGCAGCGCCCUCACCGGCUGGGCCGCUUUCACCAAAACCUCUGCUUCAGCUUCCUCAGGAACUAAACCAGGCCUUGCUAAGCCCCUCCCCUCCUCCGCUACUUCAAAGCCGAUUGGCCUGUUUGCAUUGGGCACAAAAGCACAGACAGGAAGUGGAAAUGGGAGCAACGGAGGCAACGGGAACGUGGCGGCCCAGCUGAAGCCGCCACCCCCUCUCACACUAGGGAAACCUGCUCUAAGUCGUUCCAGCAGCGGGGAGAACCCAGGGAAAUCUGGCUCAUCCUCACCAGGGGCAAGUGGCUCCAGUGGCACAGGGGGCAACGGGGCCACGGGUGGCUCAAAUGGGGCGAGCAAUGGGGGCAAUGGCAGCAGUGCGAGCAGCAGCAAUAGUAACACCACCAACAAUCAAAAAGCAUCAGCUGAUGGCAAAGCACCAACAUCACAGGAGUCUCAGCUCAACGCCAUGAAACGUCUGCAAAUGGUGAAGAAGAAAGCAGCACAGAGAAAGCUGAAGAAAUAAAGGGACAGUGAGAAAGAAGGACAGGAGAGUUAAUAAAAUAACUAACAGUCUGGUGAAUCAACACUGCUGAAUUAAACACAACAUGCAGAGAAGGAGAGAGAGAGAGAGAGUGAAGAAGGGAGUAAUGUGAGAGAGUGAGAGAGACAGAUGAGACACCAAAGUCAAGAAUGAAUAAUAAAUGGACAUCUUAAUAAAAUGAGCACAAGACAAACAUGAACUUAAAUAAUAAAUCACAGUGAAAGAGA